UUAGGCUUCAGUUCUGUAUCAAAAGUAGAGUCUUCACCUCCUGUAGUUUUUAGCACGAUCUCAAGUUUUGUGAUGAGGCUCCUACUUGGGGAAGCUGAAAGACUUCAGUCAUUCCCUGUCCUCUCAUUAGCUGCUUCUCUGGUACCACCAUUCAACAACUUAGCUUCAAAUGUACUAGCUAUUCCUUUGGAGAAUGGUGAUGUACAAGUGCAUGCAUCCAUAGAUCAAGGGCCUUGUGAAGUUGUGCAUCGUGGAUGUCCAGGCCUCUCAUUUUCUGAUUUAAACUGGACAAGACAUGCUGUUGAGCCCAGAACUGGCAUUGAGUUCCCAAUGUUUUUGGACAACAUCGUAGCUGGAGAGGAAAGAUCUAGAUUAACUUCAGAGGUUCUUGUUGGUACUGGAUCCAGAACUAUGACAAUAAUCAGAAUAAAGUCUCUGAAGAUUUAUGCUUUUGGUUUCUAUGUUCAUCCUAAUUCUGUCUGUGAAAAACUGGGCCCAAAGUAUGCUUCCAUUCCAAUGGGUGAAUUAAUUAAACACCGUGACUUUUAUGAGGACCUUCUCAGGGAAGACAUCUCCAUGACUGUUCGGCUUGUGAUUAACUGCAAUGGGAUAAAAAUCAGUACUGUUAGGGAUGCUUUUGAGAAAUCACUUCGAAACCGUUUAUUGAAGACAAACCCAGACACUGAUUACCAUUGCCUGACUACGUUUGGUUCAUUCUUCACAAAAGAUAUUCCACUACCUGCGGGAACAACAGUUGAUUUUCGACGGACAGCUGAUGGGCAACUAAUAACUGAAAUUGGAGGUAACCAAAUUGGAGUGGUUUGUAGCAAGGAUUUAUGUAGAGCUUUCUUUGACAUGUACAUAGGUGAUAUUCCUGUCUCAGAGCAAACGAAGGAAGAGAUUGGCAAGAAUGUUGCCAGCAUUAUCGGGAAGUACUAGGGUGAUCCAAUAAAGCUUCCAUUGUUCAAUUUUUUUUUAUGAACAAUUGGCUGCUGAUUUAUGGGUCGCAUAUUUCUUGACUAUAAAGAUCUACUGCCUUUCAAUACACUGGAGUGUGCAGUUAUGAAGUGUUUGGGGUGGGAGGUCAUGCAUGUUAUUCAAUAAAUAGAUCUAGGUCAAACCAAUUUGAGAUUAAAAGGGGGGCUACCAGAACUUGUACAAAAUCGAAUCUUUGUAGCUUUCUUCUUAUGGGGGUUUUGCUGCAUCUGAAUUGCCGCCCCCAACUAGAUCCAAGUUAUUAGAAUUAUCAUUCAGGAUACAAAGAGAAUAUUUAUGUUUGACUGCAGUGUGUUGAUAUACAGACCAGAGUUCCUUUGACA